AUGGCUUCCGACGAGUUGCUGGGGGAUAUGGCUGCGCUGCUACUGUUGCCUCCUCCUCCGUCGGUUCGUUUCGAGCAGUUUAAAGAUGCUUAUGAGUCGUCAUUAUCUACUGUUUUUGAAAAGCUCGCACAUGAUCUCAAUGGCGUCAAUGGAAUUGCAAUUCUGGACAUAGCUAUCACCAUCCCCGGGCUGCUAUCCCAAAGCUCUGAGCCUCGCGCGAAGAUCUUCCCCAGCCUCCAGCAUUACCUGGCCAAUAUGUACAGACUGAUUGGUAUUGUCAGCGCGGAACACAAUAUUGAGCUGGAUGCUCCGGAUGGCAUUGAUGCUCGGGUAAUCUUCAUUGACAAUCCGGCUGCCUCGGCUGAGCGUUCUGAGGCUCCACGACACGGACCGAUCGUCAAUUUGCAAACGUUGGCGGCCAGCGCACGUCUCUGGAAUUGGAUCUACUAUCCAGACAAUGAUGCAGGCAAAGAGCUAGCAGCAACCUUCGAUGGUAUCUACUCGAAGACCAAGGACGUAAAUGCUGGAACCUUGCAUCCGCUCUCAGGUUCACCCACCUGGUCUUCUUCCGAGCAUUUGCUGUUUCUCGAGCGCGACAGCCCACUGACACCGCACUACUCGGUCGCUGUAGGAGGCACCUUUGACCACUUCCACAUUGGACACAAACUCUUGCUCACUGCCACCGCAAUGGCUUUGGAACCGGUGGAGGAGUUCGACCCCAUCCCAGAACGAAUGUUGAGUGUCGGCGUCACAGGCGAAGCCUUGUUAAAGAACAAAAAGUAUGCUGAAUUUCUUGAAAGUUGGGAAGAGCGCUGUCAGGGCGCCGUGUCCUUCCUCAUGGCGAUAAUGGAUUUCAGCCCUCCAGACAAAAGCGCACCGCGUAUUGAGAGAGUAACGCAACCGGGGCCCAACGGCCAUUAUAUCCUGUUGAAGAUCCGAUCUGGAUUAACACUGAAGCUUGUGGAGAUCUCGGACCCGUUCGGACCUACCAUCACCGACCAGAGUAUCGAUGCCCUGGUGGUUUCGGCGGAAACUCGCUCAGGCGGCGCAGCUGUCAAUGACGAGCGAGCAAAGAAGGGAUGGAAGAGUCUUGAUGUCUAUGAGAUAGAUGUCCUCCACUCUGGAGAGGUUCCCUCCACGGAUGGCGAGAGUUUCGCAUCCAAGAUAAGCAGCACAGAUAUCAGACGGCGUCGGAUGGAAAUGGCCGCUGCCCAGUAA